UCCCUCUCCCUCUCCUUGCAGGCGUUCCUGCCCUUGCUGAAGAAGGCUGCCCAGGGGAGCCCGGGCUCAGCACUGAGCUGCAGCAAGGCAGCCAUCAUCAACAUGUCCAGCACGGCAGGCUCCAUUGAGGAAGUCUAUUUAUGGAAUUAUGGACAUGUUAUCUCAUACCGCUGCAGCAAGGCUGCUCUGAACAUGCUGACCAAGUGCCAGUCCCUGGGGUACCGGGUACAUGGCGUCCUCUGUGUUGCUCUCCACCCCGGCUGGGUGCAAACCGACAUGGGGGGCUCAGGAUCAGAAAAGCCCAUUUUGACGGUGGAUGAGAGUGUGCGAGGGAUGCUGAAGGUGCUGUCCUCCCUCUCCGAGAAGGAGACUGGGACCUUCCUGGACUGGGAGGGGAAGGUUAUACCCUGGUGA